CUAGAAUUUGUUCUGCAAGCUCAGUUAGCUAAACUUUUCAUUGGAGAAAGGCUGACGGGAGGGCUAGGAUGUUGAUAGCCUCAGCCAUUAGGAGGCUAUUUGGCCUCAGUAGUAGGGGCCGGGUUCCCUCAGACCCCUCAGGCCUACAGGGCAGCUGCGGGGAUCUGCAGCACAGAGCCCGCCCCAAGGCCGUGGACAAGCUACACAAGGCCGCCAGUGGGGGCGACACGACGAAAGUGGACUGGAGCCUCUUGCUGAGGAAAAAUGGUGUCAAUGACAGAGACAAGAAGCACAGGACUGCUUUGCAUUUUGCCUGUGUCUAUGGCCAUCCCGAAGUGGUGACUCUCCUGGUGGAGCAUAAGUGUGACAUCGACGCCCGUGAUAGGGAAAACAGUACUGCCCUGAUUAAGGCUGUACAAUACCACCAGGAAGAGUGUGCAACUAUCCUCUUGGAGCACGGUGCCAAUCCGAAUGUUGCAGAUGCCAGCGGCAACACUGCUCUCCACUAUGCAGUCUAUUGGGAAAACUCAUCAAUAGCGGCAAAACUGCUUUCCCACCAUGCAGAUACUGAGGCCAAAAAUAAGGUAUAGAUCAACCAAUUGCUUUUCCAAGGUAUUUGAA